AUGGUGAAACUUAGGAUUGUUAUUGGAAAAGAAGAUGGAGUAGCAGACGAUAAUGAUGAUGAUGAUGUUGAAGAAUUACUACAAUCAGAUUGGAGAUAUACCAAAGACGACUAUCGUGUUUUGCUCUCUUGUGAAAAUGAUGAGUGCUCAUGGGAGGCCAUUUACAGAAAAUGGGGGAGCAUGAGAAAGAAAGGCGGACAGGGGACAGCUGGGUAUUUGAAGGUGGGUUGUGAUGAGCGGUUGAGUGAGGGCUGGGCUAUUGAAGGCAUGUUAUGUGGAGAAUCUGGGCUGUUACAAAAGCUGGGUCGGGUGGGUUGUGUAGGCUGUGAUGUGCGGUUGAGUGAAGGCUGGGUUUUUAAAGACAAGUUAGAUGGAGAAUCUGGGCUGUUAUGUGGAGACUGA